AUGUCCCUCGAGGAGAAACGCGACAUCGACAGAAUCACGCCGGUUCCCUCGAGUGCAAGCUCAACGAAACCACAAACCGCCACAUACAACUCCAACAACAGCCUCUCUGGCCUCGAUAACCUCCAAGUGCUCCCUAAAAUCCUACAAGAAGGGGUCAUCUUCGUUGCCUGCGGCCCAGCUGUCCUCCUGCAAGCGGCGCAUCCCGGCCUCAACACCGCCAGCAGUGCAAGCUCCAAUCUGACUGACGACCUCACAUCGUACCUCCAUGCAGCCCUAAGCUACAUCGCCUGCCUCGUCCUCGGCAGCAAGGACGAAAAACAAGCACUUCUGGCUCGCUUAGGGCUCGGACAACCUCCUCUGCAGUCGAGCUUGAAGGUCACAUCGCCCACAUCACAACUCUGGCUCGUCGCGACCAUCUACGCAACAGCGGCAGACUUCUACCAGCGCAUCUACGGGGCCUUCGACUACCGCACUGCCGAGGCGGCGUAUGACGAAUUCGCCCUCGUCCUGCGCUAUCUAUCGCCUACCGUGCUUCCAUCCGCCUCUGCCGGCGACCAGAGCCUGUCGCAAGUAUCCUGGCCGUCAACGCGCGCCGAGUUCUGGAAGUACUGGGACGCCGAGCUCUCGAAGCUCGUAGUCUCUGCGGCGGCACAUGAUGUCGCGUCCGAGCUGCAGAAGCGGGAUCUACCGCGAGGAGUAGGGCUUACAAAGCCUGUGCUGAGGGCUAUUACAAUCGAGAUGCUUCCAGAGCACAUUCGGGACGGGUAUGGGGCGAAGAGCACGUUUAUGACGAGGCAGUUAUAUGCGACUGCAAUUGGGUUGUUGAGGCCUGUUUACCCUUGCCUUCCCAAGGGGUGGCGAUCUGGUCCUGCCAGCUAUUAUUUGGAGGAGGUGCGGAAGGAGAUUAAGUAGACGUGGAAGGGUUUGAUCAUUUUUUCUCGAUACUCUCUAAUUGUUUGUUCUCGAUUUCUUCCUAGAAGGGCUAAUAUGAUGUGAUGACUUGC